AUGGAUAAUUGUUUUUCUUCGAAUUUGAAUGUUCGAAGUUCUGGAUUUCUGAUGUACGUUGUCGAUCCAAAUUUUAAAAAAAUUAGACAAUAUAUAACCUCUAAGUCUGCUACCUUAAGUAAUAAGAGUAACAAACAAACAUUUAGGAAAGUAUGUAGAGAUUUGAGUAAAUAUCUAAUUGAAAACAAGUCUCCCCCAUCAUAUUAUAGGUCUUCUAAAGAUACAUGGGAAGGGGCAAUAAAAAAUUGGGUAAAAUCUCACUAUGAAAAUGUUGAUAUACAUGGGAAAUGUCCUGUUGUUAUGGAUGAAAGUGAUAUGCAACUUUUAGAAUUAAAAUAUGAAGAAGAAGAUUUUUGUGAAAAAAGAAGUACAUAUAUGAAUAAAAUAAAACGAUUAGAAAGAGGAAUCUCAAAAACAUGUGAUGAAGAGUAUUUAAAGAUAUGCAAUGAAUACAACGAUUGGAUUGAUGUGAUGAAAAUUCAUUUUGAUACAAAGACAAAUCCCUUUCAAUAUUGCUACAUAAAAAAACCAAAUAAAGGAAAAAGAAGACAAAGUCAAGAAAUAUUUUGCGACGUGUUCCAAAAGGAAACUUUUACAAGAACUCAUUGCCUACCCAUCAAUAAAAUUCCGUCUUGUAGAACUUUACUUGAAAAAAAAACUGUUAGUUCACAAGAAUCGGUUCAAGAAACAGAUGAAAUUCAUCCAAAAUCUGAUGUUUCAGUGGAAAUAAGCUCUCGAACUCCACUACAUAUGGAAAUUCUAGAGGUACAGAAAGCUAAAACUGAAGAACAAUUUUCAAACGAAGUGAAAAGUCAACUCGAUGCUCAUCCGUUAACUGAAACACCAAAUUCUCAAGAUAAAAGUACAAGUGUUCCAGCUAUUCAAACUAAACCAGAUGUAAAAUUAGAAGGAUCUAUACAGGUUAAUCUUGAAAAUACAGUAUCGCCAGGAUCCGAUACUUUAGCAAAGUCAAAUUCUGAAGGAUCAGAAGUAUUCCACACUAAUGAAACUAAUACACUAAGUUCUCAAUCAUUAAUUCUUAGGCCAGGUUCAACAGUUCAUUCACUUAAAGCAUACUCAUCUAUUUUAAUAACCUUCAUAGUUAUUGUAUUUUCUUUUUUUAUUAAAUACUAUUUAAUAGAGAUAUUUAAAAAAAAAAAAAAGAUAAAAAGAAGACAAGUGAAAUUUCUAAAAAUACUAACACCUUCACAUUCUUUCACAAAACGCAAAUUUGUAAAACAUGAUAAUAUGGAAUAUCCAUUAUAUGAUGAUGAAGAGAUCACAAAAAAAAUAAAAAUACUUGAACAUAACAAGAAUAAUAACAUAAACGCAUCAAAGCAAAACAAACAUAGAUACAAAACUAUCAUAGAAGUACAUAUGCAAAUACUUGAAGAAUACAGAAAUAAAGAAUGGGAGUAUACAAAAGGAGAAUUUUUAGAUAUAUGCUUAGAAUUGUUAACAAAAGGCGAACACAAUACAUACCCUUUUUUAACUAAUGACGAACUAAUAAAUGGAAAUACAAAAAGUAUUAAUCAAAAAGAAAAACAAAAAAUAUUAUGGAAUAAAUGGAUAGAAAAACAUCAAAAUCUUGCUGACAAAUUGAAAAAAGAACAUUGGUUUAAUAAUUUAAAAAUUGAUUGGAAAAGAGAACUAGCUAACUUAAAAAAAAGAGAAGAAUUAAAAAAUGAUCCUGAUGAAAUUCAAAAUAUUCCAUUUUCACAAAAAGAAAAAGAUAUAUGGAGACAGUGGAUAUUGGAGAAGUGUAUAAUUAUUAAUCAAUAUAUUGAACAGGACUUAUUUAACUAUUUAACUGCUGAACUCCAGAUUAUACCAGAUGAUUAUGAUAAUGAAAAAAUUAAAGAUUCUUUGCCAUUAAUUAAUAUAGGAGAAUUAUCGAACAAAUAAAACUGCCAAGAAUUAUAUAAAUAUAUAAAAAAAAAAUUAUUAACAAAACUAUGUAUACUCGUUCUUAUGUCAGUAUUAGAAGAAUGCAAAAAAGAGCAGGACAUUGAAAAUAAUGAAUCACAUUUGGAUAAUUACAUAAUUGAAACUAAGGAAAAAGAAAAUUUAGACAGUAAAAAAGAAUUUAUAGAAAACAUAAGUAAAUUUAACCGUUAUUUUUUGGAAAAUACGGAAAAUCAUGAUUAUAAAACGGACGAUAUCUUUAAAAAAGAGUUAGAACGUUGGAUAAGAGAAGAUAAUACAUAUGAAUAUUCUAUGGAAAAAGAGAAUACUGCAGACAAAUACUACUGA